UUCAUGGGAGCACGAUUCAAACUCUCACUUUGGAGUCUAGGAGAACAGCUUCAGCAGCCUCUACAGCCAACACGCUGCUCUCCCUGCCUUCUUCUUAAACAUAAACUGAAACAGAUGGAUUAAUGUUUGCUUGAAAUAACAUUUUUUAGCGCUGGAAGGUGAAAGGUUUAGAGUUUCUUAGUGUUUUUGGACUGCAGUAAGGUGCUGAUUUGACAACCUGAAUACAUUCUGCGCGUUAAGUCUCACCUGGGCAUUAUGAAGAGGUAUCCUGGAUUUUUUCAUUCAUGGGAGAGGAUGCCUUUUUGUUGAAGUUUGCAGGCUAAUCGCGGAUAUUUUUUUAAUUUGCUCUUAUUUUAGUGGCUUCCGUUACGCAGUCUGCAAUUUUACGCGGUAUUUUCAAAACACUGCAUGCUCAAAAUGGACCGUGCAGGAUUUGCCGUUUUAAUGCUGUUUACUGUUGCGCUGGUGCAGAGUGGUGACAGUGAAAAGGACGCAACAGGUGGGAGGAAAGAGGGUGCAGGGGCCGGCCGGGGGGUCUGGGACCUUCAGCAGUCCCGGGAGAGGAGUCAAGGUCAGUCGCCAAGAGGACCAAAGGACAGUGGACCAUCCGGUGAAACUUCACACCAAUCCAAGACUUUGAUCCGAAUACCCAGAGGAGCAGCGUCCUUUGGGGAUGUCAGGCACAUAUCGGCUGCAGCACCGGUUCAUGCGUCAAGCACCUCCCGGGAAGAGCUCGUCUCUGCGCCGCGGGAUGGUGCGCUGCGCACCGUGCGGCACCCAGCCAGCCAGCAGCACAGAACCAAAGUGAACCGCAGGCAGAGCAGCAAGCCCAGCUCUACCAGCACCAGGAGACUUGUAGGGCCUAAUGUGUGUGGAGGUCAGCAGUGCUGUUCAGGCUGGGCUUUUGCUCCUGGAACCAACCGCUGCAUAAAACCUGACUGCCAGCCCCCCUGCCAGAACAGAGGCUCCUGCAGCCGUCCACAUACCUGUGUGUGUCGCUCAGGCUUCCAGGGCCCCCGCUGUGAGGAGGUGGCCCCAGAGCAGGUGUACAUCCGCGAUGGAGGCAGCCUGAGGCGCAUCCAACCCGGGACCAACCCUUUCCAGAAAGACCAACCACGGAGAAGGCCCUCAGAAAGGCAGGUCAUUGAUACUACCAAGGUUCAGACCCCACGACCUGCAACCACCAGACAGCCUGUCCAUCCUGUGACCCAAGUGAGACGGGGACCCCCUGACUCCUCCUCUCAACAGACCGGGACCUCCCGCACUGUGAAACGUUAUCCAUCAUCCUCUGGGCCCAUAACCUCCAAUGCUCUACCCAGUAGCAACAGCUACACUAACGGCCAUAACGGUGACAACAGGAACUGGCAUGGGCACAGAAAUGGGCACAGCAGCGUGCACAGGCCUACAAAUGACAGACAGCUACAUGGACAGUUCAACAAUGCUUUACUCCCAGCAGGGGCCAACCUCACCUCGAACCUGGACCGCAUCAAGAUUGUCUUCACGCCCAUGUUGUGCCGCAGGGUGUGCAGCAGCGGGCGUUGCUACAACAGCUGUGAGAAGGGAGACAUCACCACAGUCUACAGUGAGAACUCACAGCAGCAGCAGCAAACGCAGCAGCAGCCAAAGAACCAGGGCUUCAGACUCUUCUUCUGUCAGAUACCCUGCCUAAAUGGAGGUCGAUGCAUCGGCAGAGAUCAGUGCUGGUGUCCGUCAAACUCGACAGGGAAGUUUUGCCACCUGCCGGCUCCACCUCCUGCUAGACCCACCCUUCACAGCAACAAGGAUGUCAACCACCAGGGUGCAAAAUCUCCCUCUCACUCUAUGUACACUCUGCCACUGUCCAAUCAGCAAGUGUCCCUCCACCCAUCUUUGGUGAACGUCCACAUUCAGCAUCCUCCAGAGGCCGAGGUCCAAAUCCACCAAGUAGCCCGGGUCCAGCCUGGGCAGAGACUGACUACCACAGAGGGGGCUCACUCCGUACAGCAACGCUCCCAGCCUGCGAAUGGGCAUGAAGCACACUCAAAUGGAAAUGGGAAUGGAUAUGGCCACACUAGACCACACACCCGUCAGAACGGACAUGUGGGGAGGUGCUUUCAGGAAACAGUCGAUGGACAGUGCGGCAAGCCUCUGCCGGGGCUUACCAAACAGGAUGAUUGCUGUGGAAGUGUGGGCGCCUCCUGGGGUCUAAACAAGUGCCAAAAGUGUCCAACCAAACCAGCUUAUGCAGUGAUUGCAAAUGGACAAGUGGAAUGCUCCAAAGGCUUUAAGAGGCUCAAUCUCACACACUGUCAAGACAUUAAUGAGUGCCUGCUGCCUGGUAUCUGUAAGAACGCUGACUGUCUCAACACCAAAGGAAGCUACAGGUGCACAUGUAAACCAGGCUUCAUGUUAGAUGCUGCUAGGAGUCACUGUGUCUCGGACAAGGCUGUAUCCGACCAGAAGGCGUUCUGCUACAGAUCCCUGUCAACAGGCACAUGCUCUCUGCCUCUCACUCAACAAAUCACCAAGCAGAUCUGCUGCUGUAGCCGAGUGGGGAAGGCCUGGGGUGCUGGCUGCGAUCGCUGUCCUCUGCCUGGAUCAGAUCAUUUCAAAGAGAUCUGCCCAGCCGGUCAUGGAUACACCUACUCACGAUCUGAUGUGCAGAUCUCCCUCAGACAGCUGGAGGAAGAGGAUCUACAGAGCACUGGAUUCUCGUGGGAGGAGCAGAGCCCCUCUUACCCUCAGCCACCAUCCUCCGAACCUUCGCUGUUGUAUCCUAACAGGGUGCAACGGCCUUUUUAUCCCCAGACACCACAAAUUCCACAAUACCCUCAGUACCCUGAGACACCACAAGCACCCCACUAUCCUCUGACUCCCUCUCAACCAGCCAGGGAGACAUCUAAACAGCCAGAUGAUGUGGAAAUUCUGAGCCCGCCAGCUGUUGUGACUGACUCACCACUGAAAUAUCCAGAGACUCCAGACUCCUACAUCAUUAACCUGGGGCCAGAUUCCAAGGACACAACCCUAUCCAAAGGUGUUGACAAGUGUGCCACCACACCCACCAUUUGUGGCCAUGGAAAAUGUAUUCCUGUACAAACUGGGUACACCUGCAACUGUGAUCCGGGGUUCAAGCUCAGCGCACUGCAGACCAACUGCAUCGAUGUGAACGAGUGUGACGAAGACCCAUGUGAAGGAAAGGGCCGCUGUAUAAACAGCUAUGGGUCCUACACCUGUCAGUGCCACAGCGGAUACAGCCAAGUGAUCACCCAGAACAGGAAGUUCUGUCAAGACAUUAAUGAGUGCAGCAUGCCCAACAAGUGCCAGAACGGCAAAUGCGUCAACACAGAGGGAUCUUACACCUGUGAAUGCACCAGUGGCUAUGCCAAGUCCUGGAGGGGCCUAUGUGAAGACAUAGAUGAGUGCAGAGAUCCCAGCUCCUGUCACAACGGUGUGUGCGUCAACACUCUCGGCUCCUUCCUCUGCCAGGCAUGCGGCCCCGGUUUCAGGCCAGUCAACGAGAGAUGUGUGGAUGUAAACGAAUGCUUGAAUCAGACGGUGUGCGGUCGUGGAAGGUGUGUCAACACAGAGGGCUCCUAUAGGUGCAACUGUUUCCAGGGAUAUAAACUCUCCCCAGAGAACUUUUGCCAAGAUGUUGAUGAGUGUGCACUUCCCGGAGUUUGCCUUAACGGCCGCUGUGUCAAUCUGGACGGCACCCACAAAUGCGCCUGUAACCAUGGUUACCGAGCCAGCUUGGACGGCAAAGCCUGCGAAGAUGUCAACGAGUGUGCAACUGCUAAUACAUGCCCCUCAGGAAUCUGCAUCAACACAGUGGGGUCCUACACAUGCCAGAACUGCAGGCCUGGCUUUGGACCGUCUGCUGAUGGGCUGAGAUGUGAAGAUGUGAAUGAGUGUAACCAGGGCGACUUGUGUCAGGGUGGGGUGUGUGCCAACACAGAGGGAUCCUACAUUUGUACCAGAUGUAAGGCUGGCUACAGAGUGUCUCAAGACCGGAAGAGGUGUGAAGAUAUUGACGAGUGCCAGUCCCUGUCUACCUGUGCCAACGGCAUCUGUCUUAACUCAGAGGGCUCUUACACCUGUGAGAACUGCCCCACAGGGUACAGAGUAUCAUAUGAUGGCGAGCUCUGUGAAGAUAUCGAUGAGUGUGCGCUGCCCACUACAUGUCCGCAGGGAACAUGCACAAACACAGAAGGUUCCUUCACCUGUAUCGUCUGUCAGCCUGGUUUCAGAGUCUCCCAGGACGGACAGCAGUGUGAAGAUGUGGAUGAGUGCCUGGUGGGUAACGUGUGCCCACGCCAGCUGUGCUUGAACACACCAGGAUCCUACACCUGCCAGAGCUGUGGAUUGGGCAUGCAAGUGCCUGAGGAUGGUUAUGACUGCGAGGACAUUGAUGAGUGCCAGACCCCAGAUGUGUGCCCCACAGGUGUGUGCACCAACACAGAGGGCUCCUACUCCUGCACAACGUGUGACGCAGGCUUUAAGGUGGCACCAAACGGGAUCUCAUGUGAAGAUGUGAAUGAAUGUGAGGACAAAAGCUUCUGUCGGGGAGGCAAGUGCACCAACAACAUCGGCUCAUACAACUGCUCCUGCCCCUCUGGUAUGGAGCUGGUGGAUGGGAGGUCCUGCAGGGAUAUCAAUGAGUGCCUAACCAUCGCUGGGAUAUGUGGUGAAGGAGACUGUUUGAACGCUGAAGGCUCCUACACUUGUGUGUGUCGUGAGGGAUACGCCACCACUGAUGGCAGGAGUGUCUGCCAAGAUGUGGAUGAGUGCAGCAAAGACAACGUGUGCAUCCGAGGUCAGUGUCUCAACACCGAUGGCUCCUUCUUGUGCUUGUGUGAAGCCGGCUUUAAAUUCAAUGCUGACACCGCCGACUGUGAAGACCAGAAUGAGUGUAAGGACUUUGGCAGUUCAGUGUGUGGUACAUGGCGCUGUGAAAACACCAUCGGCUCAUACCGGUGCUUCAUGGGCUGCCAGCCCGGACUAAUAGAGGGAGACAACACAGACUGCGAUAUUGAUGAGUGCAUUAAUGAAACCAUCUGUGGGAACCAUGGUUUCUGCGAGAACACCGAUGGCUCCUUCCGCUGCCAGUGUGACCAAGGAUACACCAACCCGCCAGGAGAUGUGACCAGAUGUGUUGAUGUGAACGAGUGCGAGAUGAGCCUGGCGCUGUGCGGAGAGGCCCUGUGUGAGAACUUCGAUGGCAGCUUCCUGUGCAUCUGCCCCAACGACAAUGAGGAAUUUGAUCCCAUCACCAGCCAGUGCCACUCUCUGGGUACCAACUCUGGCCCUGUAGUCGAACUCCCUCCUUUCAUUUACUCUGAGGAGAGAAAAGAGUGUUACUACAACUUAAAUGAUGCCAACUUCUGUGACAACGUCCUGUCUCGUAACACCACCAAGCAGGAGUGCUGCUGCACGGUGGGAGCAGGCUGGGGAGACAACUGUGAGAUCCAUGCCUGUCCUAUCCCAGGGAGAGAUGAUUAUAACCGGUUGUGCCCUCAUGGCAGUGGACUAUUACCUCUCCCUGUUUCCUCGACACAGAGUCUCGGAGAACAGCGCCCUUACAUAGAUGCAAAUGAGUGUGAAAUGUUUGGAUCAGACAUUUGUAAGAAUGGACAGUGUUCAAAUCUCUUUUCUACCUACACCUGCUACUGUCGCUCUGGUUUUUACUAUGACAACAUUCGUCUGGGGUGUGUGGACUAUGAUGAGUGUGGAUUUGGAAAUGCCUGUGAGGAUGGCGCUUGUGUAAACACAGCUGGCUCUUUCAACUGUUUCUGCAGUCCUCCAUUAGUCCUAGACAGCACACGGCGGCGCUGCAUCAGUGUCAACACCACAGAAGAAACUCUAGAGCUUGAUAACGAUGUGCACAUGGGUAUCUGCUGGCAGCGUCUGCAGGGAGACAACAUGUGUUCAGAUCCUCUCCAUGGACGCAGAACCACAUACACAGAGUGCUGCUGUCUGUAUGGCGUUGCCUGGAGCGGACAGUGUGCCUUCUGUCCCCGGAAAGAGUCUGAUGACUUCGCAAUAAUGUGCAACCUGCCUCGAAGAGGAAGCUCUGACAGUCUGCGAGAGCAGCCAGGAUAUGAGUAUGGAAUGGAGGGUCCUGAGGAUCCUGUUCCUCCUUACUUUGAUAAUUAUGGCAGCCCUGCAGGAUCAUAUGACAUCCCUGAGAGCAUUUCUAUCUUCAACGACAAUGACUACAGUAUUCAGCAGCCACCUGUACGUGUCCCCAUUCAUCGACCACAGCCACGACCAGUGGAUCCAUAUUCAGAACGCUAUGAGGGCUUUGAGGGUCUCCGAGCGGAGGAAUGUGGAAUUCUUAAUGGAUGUGAAAACGGCCGCUGUGUUCGUGUGCGAGAAGGCUACACCUGCGACUGCUUUGAUGGCUAUGAAUUUGACUUAAACAAGAUGGCCUGUAUAGACAUAAACGAAUGUGAGGACAUCAGCGACAAGGUGCCUUUGUGUCAGAACGGGCAGUGCACCAACACAGAGGGAUCCUACAAGUGCACCUGUUUGGCGGGCUUUGUCGCCUCCGCAAAGCCACACAAAUGCAUCCCGGCGAUUCCGGAGUCAAAACCAACGGAACCUGAGAACUGAGACUCUGGAGCGCUGGCUUCUCCUGCGCCCUUUAAACGUCACCUUACACCCCUCUGCCUUCUGUUUAAGGGUCUGGCACUAAACCUCCAACAGUAACGCUGAGACGUCCAAAUGUAUACCCCUACAAACGCACAUAAACACAAAAAGCACACACACUUGCAUUCAGCACACUCACACCCCCCCUGAGAGGAGCAGGAAAUGUGCAGUGAAUGUAUUUCAUGGGAUUCACCAGAUAUCCAUUUGCCUUAAAGGGAUUUUAUGGACUGAUCUUUUGUUUUCAGUAACCCCAGGCAAUUUGAUAUGCAGAUAUACUUUCCACAUUAUGUUUUCUGUCACUUUUUUGUGUUGUUAUUUAUUUCAUUUACAUGACGGGCCUCUGCAAAAUAAGACAACAACCAGAGGGCUACUUGAUUCCUCUUUGUGUCUCAAAAAGAGACCAUGAGAGGAGAUUAUAAUCUUUUUUUAUUUUGUAAAAGAAGGAAUGUCACCCAUUAAUCAGCUUGUGCUUCUCAUGUCCAACCUCUCACCAAGUUAAUCUCUCACAGUCACUCUGAUUAGCAUUGCUUUGGACUAAAAUGGGGCCAGAGCUGACCAAUAAAAUGCAAACAUUUUCCUCUUUAUUCUUCAACAUUGAAGCUGAAGAAUCUGCAGACAAAGAUCAUACACAACAAAUGGACCUAGAAAAAGACUGUAGAUGUAUAUGAUGAUUUAUGUAAGGUUUUUUAAAGGUGCAAUAGGUAAAAUCUGCCUUCCUCUGUGUGACAACAUUUACAAAAUUAAUAUCCCUGCAUUUUUUCUCUUUCAACAGUAUUAAUUAGUUACCUACUGCUCUUCAAACCACAUACACCAUGCCUUAUCAAAGUUUGAUUUUAGGUUCUAUAUCCUAACCUCUAAAACAGCAACAAGGUAAGUUUAAUGAUGCUCAGAUAUCACAUGACAGGUUUUAUUUGCCUUUAUAACAGACAAAAGGAUUUUACAUUCAAUGCAUGUCUCACAACACGUGCCUGUAAAAACAAAGUCUUUGUUGGAGAGGUUUGGUAAAUUUUGUACAGAUCUAGUACUAUGUAUUAUUUUUGUUACAUAUUCUCUUAAUGCAUUAUAGCACAUACAGUAUUUUCUUUGACAUAAAGCAUAAAAUGUAAGAAAAAUCUGGCAUUAUAGCUUUGUAGAUGCAUACAUGUCUGUAAAAAUGUUUUUUUAAGCAUAUCUUUUUAUGUUUGAGGAGAGUGGCUGACACUGUACCAGAGGAACUGUGCGUGUAUACCCUGCCCUGUGGAGCAGACAAUGAAAUAUAUUUUUGGAAGUGGCAGCACUGUUCUUAUCACAGACUUUUUGUCCCUUCAAGUUCAUUUCAAAGACAAUGCUUUUCAAAUGCAAGCGCCAACAUCUGCACAUCCCAAGUUUAUGUUUGAAAUCAAUAAUCUGAACAUUGCUUCUUGUAGUCGCUGCUGGAUUCUGUGUGACGAAUGUAUCAUUAACAAUGUCAGCAUAAUCACUCGGUUUCUGAACUCUGCUCACAACUGUUUGUCUUUUAUAUUCAGGUUUUGGAAAACAAUGGCAUUAUGGGCUGAAAUUCAUUCAAGAAAUCUCAGUAGUGCAGAAAUAAUAGCUGAACUUGAAUGAAGUGAGGACUUAUGUCCUUAUUGUGCAUUCAAACCUUUAGAUUCAAAGAUGCUUCCACUUUAAGUCCACUGUAUUUGCUAAAACCAUCACAUGAACCGGGCCAAAAGUCUAACAAAGUAAGAAUAUUUAAAGCCUUACAAACUUGCAAAUAACUUGAGCUAGAUGUCUUUUUGUAAAGCUGUGGUCAUUGAAUUAUCAUGCUCAUUCAUUAUGUUUACCUCUUGACUGUAAUCACUAUCAGUCAUCAAAAUAAAAACAUAA